CUAGAAUUUUUUUUUUGGGGGGGACCACAAUACGGAGACGUAGCAGCAACAGGAACAAGGGAGCCAACGAUUAGGGUCCUCUCUUGUGUUCUUCCCUGUUGCUGUUUAUGUAACUACAUAAAGAGGCUCUAUACAACAACUACAAUAAUGGUAUUCUCGGCGGAUCCGCCGUUGUUCACGACGCCUCCUGGCCGGCCUACGUGUGGCAGUUGAGAGGUGAACCGGGACAAACUAGUUCGUCCCCAUGUCGGGCCAGGGACCGCAGGAGUCCCACGUGGGUCCGAAGUUCACGCUCGGGAACGUCCCCGAUGUGAAUAAGUACCGCGACCGGCGAAUCCACGACCAAGAUGCGCCGAAGAUCGUGGAGCUCGGCCAGGCAUGGGCCCAGCUGGGGCCAAGGCCCAUCAUCAAGAGCUACUCCACCAGCACGUUCAAGAAGCCGACCAAGCUGCCCAGGUAGAAUUUUUGUAUUGGUCUUGGUUUGUGUCAUGGACAUGGAGCAUAGCCAAAUGUAAAUGUUUUUUUGCGCUACGAUCUAUUACAAACUUGCUCCUGUCAUGCGAUUUUCUGUCAAGCUGCGCCGCAAGACUUGGUAAUGCAAAGUGCAAAUUCCAAAGCUUAACUAAAACAGGAUAUCAAAGAAGAAGAUGGCUCGUGCAGAAACCGAGCCUCACGGGCUGCCUCCACCACCGCAAAAGCAGCCGCUUGCUGUGGAGGAGAUCUCCAGCGACGAUCUCAUGGGCACGAUUUUGCACCAAACAGAGGAGCUGGGCGACUUCACGGCAAUACACGAACUCCUCCCCGAGGCGGCAACGAACGUAAAUGUUCCGGUGAAGCUAAAAAAGUCCGACGACGUCGGCGGACUUGCGCCGAGCCAGCUCAACAAACCGCUGCCACCAUAUGGUGUGCUGGUACCUCCGAAACACUUGGAGGAGACCGCACCGGAGGCGGAUUUGGUGCUGGGCGCGCGACUGGACGACAUAGAGCACCACUUUGGCGACAGUCACGCAGGUGAAAGGCCAGGAAGAAAACCAAGGGCGCUGAGUCCAGGUAUGGGUUGAUUUGUUCUUGUUGGUGUCCACGCCUUCGAUUGCAUGACAGAACCUCGUCUUACGCAUAGAUGUUGUGCCUGGCACUCGAAAUUUUUCGUGCAAAAAGAUUAUGAAGACAAAAAUCAUAUCAGUGAUGGUCGGCAGUAGUGCCGCCUCCUCGUCCAGCCUCGACCCAGACGACACUGUGGAGGGCCGGAAGCAGCGGCAGCGACAAGCGCUGCUCCGCGGAUCGCAGCUGUUCCAAAACCCGGACGAGAUCGACCUGCAGGCGCUUGCGUCCGACGAAUUGGAGGCGUUCGACGUACCCGAUCGCUUCGAGGACAAGACCGAGGCCGAGUGGAUAGAAGAGUGCAGCGCGGAGCCCGACAGCAUCCACGCCCACGUCCUGCAUUUCGAGGACGGCGACUGGAUCCUGAAGGAGUGCUGGGUGCGCGACUUCCGAGAAGGCCGGUACCUCUGUGAGCUGCUCGGCGGCGCGAUAAAGUGGGUGAAGCGGCUUUGUCUGCGCUUUGUGCGAGAAAAUCCGCGCAAGUGGGCGGACCGUAUUAAGACGGCGAAAAUGAAGAGGCAGCAGGCGAUUCUGCAGCAGAAGUUGCUGCGGUACAUCGACAGUAUCUCUGGAGAAUCCACCACGGAAAUGGCAAGAACGACAAAAGAGAAGUUCGUGACGCAGGGGCUCUCUUUGCUCGAGCCGAAGCAGUUCCAGAAGGACCCCAUGUCGCCCUACUACGUGGACACCACGGUCGAGGCACAUUUGCUCGAAAACACGCCCGGCGCGAACGAGAAGUCACAGUACCUGCAGGGAUACGUGCCGAAAAUCCGGGACCUCAUGUACGACGUGGAAGCGGUGUAUUUGUGGAGCAUGAAACUCUCCAUCACGAAGCAGAACCUGAUCGAGCGAAACGGCUUCCUCGACGCGUUUAUCCCCGACGACCAGGAGUUUCAGCCGUUGUUGGUUCCUUUUCUCCCGCCCAACCAGCAGUUUGCGAUGCUGGGGCGGGAAGAGUUGGCGGACCUGGAGAAGAAGAAGCAAAUGGAGGCGGAGGUGACCGCAACGUCACCCGCAUCGCCUUCGUUGCGCCGGGCCGCCCCCCGGCCCGAACUGGACAUGAUGGAGCGGAGAAAACAGCACGUGUACGACGCGUAUACGUUGGCGUCGAGUCGGGAGGCGCUGAUCUACUUCGGGCUGGUCGAGCCCAUGCCGCAAGACUCUCUACACGUUAGCGCGCGCGUCCCGGUUCUCAUGUCGCACAUGCACGAGAAGCGGGAGCAUUUAGUGCGGACGACGUUCGAGAAGUUCCGGCAAAUCAUGGAUUUGUCCCUCCUAGACACAGAACGCGGGCAGAACCUGGCGAUCCUGCAGAUGGGCAUGUCGAACGCGGAUCCGAGCCGGACCGCGCAGAAGCUGAAACAGUUGAAGAAGCAGCAGCAGCAGAAGCUGCAGAUCGGCACUUCCGCAGCUGCGUCCUCUUCGGCAAAGAAGCUCGAUUACGUUUCUUUCGGCCGAAACAACAACUUCCCGGAGUUCAUUUUCGGCUCCACCGGCGCGGACUUCUACCGGAAUUACCAGCACCCGGCGCGGGACAAGGAGGCAUUGGACUUCCUGCAAAGUCCGGUCGAGUUGGAGGAUUUUUUGAAGCACAUGACCACGCACCGCGCGAAUGUGCAGAACAUUUUGGCGCAGGACUGGCGGGAUUUCAUCGUGUCCGACGUGGUGGACCAGUGUGGGGACAGCUACAACUUUUUCACGGACAACCUGGAGAAGCACUUGGCUUCCGACUUCCACCCCUUUUUGCACAAGUUGGACCUGGUGUUGCACUCCCAGCUCCGGUAUGGAUUGCAAAAAUGUCUGGGUCUGGAAAGAAUGGGAUUUGUAAUGCUACCUGUCGACCACGAUAGAAAAAUCUGUAUUGCAUGAGCAGCAAAAGCUGCUUGAGUUUUUGCCACUCGGAGAGGGCAUUUCUCAUGCACAAUAGGCAUUGCCAAGGCUUUGCGAGAACUGUGAUGCUACAGCAUGCAUCACAGGCAUCUUGGGUCAUGUACAAUUGUGCAUGACAAACUCCCCGAAUCUUCCAGACCCAGACAUUUUUGCAUUUGAUAUGCAGGCGUUUUUUCAAAUGUCCAUGCAGCGGUGGGUGGAGUUCUUCCUGCUGUAUAAGGACGUAUCAAAUGCAAAAGUGUCUGGGUCUGGAACAAAGCAACUUGUCAUGCUAAAUCUGAAUCAUGUAAAAAUCUGUGUUGCAUCAUUACCAAAAGCUGUCCACUUUUGACCUAAUCGAGAGGCAGUUUCUUAUGCAGAAUAGGCAUGAUAGAACUCUCACAGAAUCUGUCAUGCUAUGUCCUGCAUACCAGACCCCAUGCGUCAUGGAAAACCUGCAUGACAAGGCUGGUACUCUUCCAGACCCAGACACUUUUGCAGUUCAUAAGACGCGUCGUUGAACAUCUUGCGCACGGGCGACCACUACAUUCCGGACAACACCCCGGGGUCCGGCAUGAUCGAGCGUCGGCGCCGGCGGAUCGAGGAGGCGAAGCGAAAGGCCGAGGAGGAGGAGAGGUUGCGCAGAGAAGCCGAGGAGGCCAGAAUAGCGGCGGAACAAGCCGCUUUAGAGGCCGCCCGGAAAGCGGAGGAGGAGGGGAAACCCAUCCCGAAAGCCGCGCCACCAGCACCCGCCGCGGCUGCUCCUGCGGCAACAACACCCGCCCCAGCGGCUCCUGCAGAAGGAGAUGCGGCUGAGGGAGCGGGUGGAGACGGCGCAGAGGCCGCGCCGAACGCACAGGACGCAGACGAGGACAGUGCGGCGUUCGGCGACGAGUCCGUCGCGGUCUCCCCGAUGCGGGUGCAACUGCUCGGCCAGAAGAAAAAACAGAAGGAAAUCCCGUUUGAGUGCGUGGUGCCGCAGCCGAGCCCCAUGCUGAUCGUCCAUUGCAUGUUCGACGAGGAGAGCAAAAAGGUCGUGUUCAAGCCGAGUCUGGAGGAACUAGAAGAGGCCUUUUCCCAGUUGACCUACAGCUGCGCGGACACCGUGUCGGAAGUUAUGGCGGUCGAGUUCGAGAUGGUCAGUUGCUGCAACAUGCCGGCGGUGAACUUGUUUCAGGUAACCAAGGACGCCCCGGUGAUUGCGGACGCGGUCAAGGUCGUGUGCGAAGUGCUACACUUGCUCUACCAGGUGCCGGAGCGGGAGAUUUUGCAAAAGUACGCGAAGUUCACCUAUCUUUUCGACGAACCGGAAAAGCUACAGCUCCGGGAUUGGGAAACGGUGCUGGACGAGCUGCAAAAACUGCAGCAGGCCCGGGACAAGAUCGACGCGCUUUCCGGCGUGGUGGAGACCUUCCCUCUGUUCGAGGUCCACUGCUACGAAGUGUUGCAGGCAUACCGGGAGCGGUUGGACUUCUUGCGCGACUCGAUCCUCGAGUCGCUGCAGGAGGACGCGUAUGCAUUGCGAAAGUAGUAUCGUACUCGUAUAAAUGCAUUACAAAUUUCCUCAGCAUGAGAAAUAAAGUUUGUGAUGCGGAUUUAUCUUAAGAAAAGAAUGCAUUUUUGCCAUACGAGUACGAUACUUUUGCACAGGAUAACGCGCGCCUCCAACUCGACGAGUUGGACGCGGACUGGAAGGUAUCAAAAGUAAAAAUGUCUGGGUCUGGAAGAAUGCAACUUGUCGUGCUAAAUCUGAAUCAUGUAAAAAUCUGUGUUGCGUCAUUACCAAAAGCUGUCCACUUUUGACCUAAUCGAGAGGCAGCGUCUCAUGCAGAAUAGGCAUGAUAGAACUCUCACAGAAUCUGUCAUGCUAUGUCCUACAUACCAGACCUCAUGGGUCAUGGAAAACCUGCAUGACAAGUCUUGCAUUCAUCCAGACCCAGACACUUUUGCAUUUGAUAGAAGGUGUGCAGAAGAAGAUUAACCGAGCCGGUCGAAAACGAGGACCAAAUGAAAGAUCUGAAGAAAUACCUUAUCAAAUGUAAAAAUGUCUGGGUCUGGAAGAUUGCCACUGCCAGACUUGUCAUGCAGGUUUUCCAUAACCCAUGAGGUCUGGUAUGUAGGAAACAGCAUGACAGAUUCUGCGAAACCUCUCCAAUGCCUAUCCUGCAUGAGAAACUGCCUCUCGAUUAGGUCAAAAGUGCACAAGUUUUGGCAAUCACGCAACACAGUUUUUUGCCUGAUUCAGAUUUAGCAUGACAAGUUGCAUUCUUCCAGACCCAGACAUUUUUACAUUUGAUAUACCUACCAGCAUUGCAAAAGAACGUGAUCAACCCGCAGAUCGCGAAACUCAAGCUGAUCGGCGCACAGCUGGGGGUAAGUUGACAUUUUGAAGAAUCUUUUUCCAUUAUAAAUUUUCGAUGCAUAAAUACGUUCGGUACUUACUAGUGCUAGUGACGUGACGGUGACCUGCUGCGCCGGGCUAGCUGUUUGCAGCAAGCAAUUCGAAAAAGGAAUUAUGCCCGCUUACACCAUCAAACAGGUCCUAGAAGAGCUGAACUAUAAGGAGAUGGAUUCAACCUUAAUCGAGCGGCAACUGGACGCCAACCACUGGCCGCAGACCGUGCUGGUGGACCGCGAGAAGCGGUUGACCGACCUGACGAAGGAGCAGAUGAAGUUCCAGCAGGUCUUGAUGGCGGAAAAGGAACAGUACGCCAAGGACUUCGCCAAGUGGAAGGAAGAUUUGAUCUUUGUGAAAACGAAGAUGGACACGUUCGCCAAGGCCAAGGAGUACGACAAGUUGGUCACGGGUUUGAAGGACGCGCUGACCGACGCAAAGCGCCGGUUGGACGACUUCCGGAAAAGGGAAACCCUGUUCAACAUAGAAUUGUCCGAAACCGAGCCGCUGGACGAGUUGUCCGAGGAAUACGAGGACUACUACAAGUUGUGGAACAUCGCCAUCGACUUCACCUACAAUUUAGAAGAGUGGGUGAACGGAAAGUUCACGACGCUGGAGGCGCCGGAGAUCAUCGCUAACUGCGAAACCUGGUACAAGACCGCGUACAAGAUGACGAAGAUGUUCGACCAGAGUCCGAUCCAACUCCAGGUCGCGUCCGACUUGGUGGACGCUUUGAAGCAGUUCAACACGAAGUUGCCACUCAUCGAGUCCUGCUGCCACCCGGCGUUCGAAGUGCGGCACUGGAACACGAUCUUCUACGAGCACAUGGACCUGGAGACGGAGACGCCCGAAUUCGCGGACUACAGCUUCUUAUCAAAUGCAAAUAUGUCUGGAUCUGGAAGGUCGGAAGACUUGUCAUGCAGGUUUGCCAUGACGCGUGAGGUCUAUCAUACAUGACCCAGCAUGACAGAUUUUCCCCGACCUCUAUCAUGCCUCGUCUGCAUGAGAAACCCCCUCUCAGCUUGGUCAAAAGUGGACAGCUUUUGGUAAUCAUGCAACACAGAUUUUUGCACUAUCCAGAAUUAGCAUGACAAGUUGCGUUCUUGCAGAUGUUUAUUUGCAAUGCAUACUUCUCCUUGAAGCAACUGGAGGAGAUCGACAUCAUGAGCCACAUAUCCUGUGCAAAAGCAUCGUACUCGUAUUGUAAUCAUGCAUUACAAAUCCUGUUCUUGAGGCAAAUUAGCAUUACAGAUUUUAUUUCUCAUGCUGAGGAAAUUUGUAAUGCAUUUAUACGAGUGCGAUACUUUUGCACUGGAUACCACAUCGACAUCAUCCAGGAGGUGUCCGCGGGCGCGCAGAAGGAGUACUCGCUGCGGGUGACGCUGAAGGGCAUGAAGAAGGAGUGGGAGCUAUCCCGUGUAAAAACAUCCCCACACCAGAGUCAAGAUGGGAAAUCUGCUAGACAAAUCAACCAGCUUUGGUUGCUUCGCAUGACAAAUUUGGCCUCGUAGUGUAAUCCUGUUUAGCUAGCUCCAGCAGCAUCACAGAUCUAGCACAUCGUGCUGGUUUGAGCAUCACAAGCUCCAAAACACGACGGGUAAAUGCUUCGCAUGGGGUCCGCAUGAGAAACAUUUUUGGCAUGCAGAUUUGCAUGACUACUCUGGGGUGGGGACGUUUUUACACAGGAUAGGAGCCCAUGGUGUUCGAAACCGUCGCGUACAAGGAAACCGGGACGUACCUCAUGCGUGGUCUGGACGACGUCCAAACUCUUCUCGACGACCACAUCAUGAAGACGCAGGCCGUCCGCGGGUCGCCGUUCUGCAAGCCGUUCGAGCGGGAGUGCCGGGACUGGGAGGCGAAAUUGUUGUACAUUCAGGACUCGCUGGACCAGAUCCUGCAGUGCCAGAAGCAGUGGCUGUACCUGGAGCCGAUCUUCGCGUCCGAGGACAUCGUGCGGCAGAUGCCGGCCGAAGCCUCGAAGUUCCGCCGGGUGGACGAGCGGUGGAGGGAGACGAUGGCGAUCAUCUCCGAGAACCCGGGCGUGAUUGAGUUCGCGGACAUCGAAAAUCUGUACCAGAACUUCGUCGAGGCCAACACGCGCCUGGACCAGAUCACGAAGGGGUUGAACGAUUAUCUGGAAACGAAGCGGUUGUACUUCCCGCGGUUCUUCUUUCUGUCCAACGACGAAUUGCUCUCGAUUUUGUCCGAGACGAAGGACCCCACCAAGGUGCAGCCGCACAUGAACAAGGCCUUCGAGGGAAUCUCGAAGGUGCGGUUCAAAAACAACCAAAUCAUCACGGCCAUGAUUUCCGCCGAGGGCGAGGUCGUGGAGCUGCUGAAACCCGUGGAUGUGGACAAGGGCGAAAACAAGGGCAACGUGGAAAAGUGGCUGCUGGAGGUCGAACACUCCAUGUCGGGCACACUGUAUCAAAAUGAAAAAUUCCCCCUCCCCAUAUCAAAACGGAAAUCUGUGAUGCGGGAUUUGUGUACACAAAUCGGAUCUGUCUUGCAGUAGAGCACUGCGCGCAAAUGCUAAGCCUGAACAGGGGUAUUCUGGUGUAGGUGCUUAGCAUGGCAGACGUCUGCCCCGUAGAACUUACAGCAUCACACACCUCCCCUAUAACGCGGCGGGCUCUCUGGAUUUGCGUUCUUGCAAGACAGACAGGAUUUGUGGCCACAAAUCUGCAUCGCAAAGUUUCGGAAGGCUGCGCUCGUGAUAUGGGGAGGGGAGAUUUUUCCUUGCAAUACGCUGCGCGACAUCACCACGAAGUCGAUCAAGGACUACAACGAGAAGCCGCGCACCGAGUGGGUGGGGAACUGGCCGGGGCAGGUGGUCAUUUGCGUGGACAUGAUUGUCUGGUCGGACCGGGUCGGGAAGGCGCUGGAGGUGAAGAACAUCCAGGGUGCCUACGACGAAAUCAAUUCCGAGCUGGAAGACGUGGUCGUGCUGGUCCGCGGAGAACUGCCGAAGUUGAUGCGGCGGACCCUGGGCGCCAUGACCACGAUCGACGUGCACAACCGCGACGUGGUGGGCGACCUGGUGCAGAAGGGCAUCGACGACCCGAACGCGUUCGACUGGAUCGCGCAACUUCGGUACUACUGGCACCAGCCGAAGGAGGUGGUGAUGAAACUGACCGGGAAGCCGAACGACACCGUGGAGUGCGCGGUGCGGAUCAUCAACUCGCUGCUCUAUUACGCGUUUGAGUACCUGGGUAACUCCGACCGCCUGGUGAUCACCGCCCUGACGGAUCGCUGCUACCGCACCCUGAUGGGCGCGUUCGACCUGUACUACGGGGGCGGUCCCGAGGGGCCGGCCGGAACCGGGAAGACGGAAUCCGUGAAGGAUUUGGCAAAGGCGUUGGCCAUCCAGUUAUGCAUUGCAAAUAUGUCUGGGUCUGGAAGAAUACAAACUUGUGAUGCGCAUUUCAGAACACAGAAAAAUCUCUUAUGUAUGGGUAGCAAAAGCUGCCCACUUUCUGUCACCAAAAUGGGGCAUUUGUCAUGCGGCUUCGGCAUUGCGGAAGCUUCUCGAAACCUGUGAUGCUAGAGCUUCCAUGCCAGACCUUCUGUGUCAUGCAAAAGCAGCAUGAUUCUUCCAGACCCAGACAUUUUUGUAUUUGAUACCAGUGCGUGGUGUUCAACUGCUCGGACGGUCUGGAUUUCCUGGCGAUGGCGAAGUUCUUCAAGGGCUUAGCCGCCUCCGGUGCCUGGUGCUGCUUCGAUGAGUUCAACCGAAUCAACGCGGAGGUGUUGUCCGUGAUUGCGCAGCAGGUGAUGACGAUUCAGUUGGCAAUUAUCGAGAAGAAGAAGCGGUUUCUGUUCGAGGGCACGGAACUGCAACUGAUCCCGACCUGCGCGGUGAACAUCACGAUGAACCCGGGUUACGCCGGGCGCGUCGAGCUGCCGGACAACUUGAAGGCUUUGUUCCGCCCGGUGGCGAUGAUGGUGCCAGACUACGCGAUGAUCGGGGAAAUCUUUCUCUACGGGUGCGGUUUCACGUACGCGAAAGAUCUCGGGAUCAAAGCCACGCAGGCGCUGCGUCUCUCCUCGGAACAGCUCUCCCCGCAGGCGCACUACGAUUUCGGGAUGCGCGGUCUGAAAUCCCUUCUCGUGGCCUCGGGAAACAUGAAGCGGAAGUACGGCGACAAGUUCCCGGAGUUCACCCUCGCACUGCGCGGCUUCCUCGAUGUGAACUUGCCCAAAUUCACGGCCGCGGACGUGCCCCUCUUCGACGGUAUCGUCGGCGAUCUGUUCCCCGGGGUCGAGCUCCCGCCCGCGGACACGGAAACGCUGGAGAAGGCGCUGACCGAGGCGUGUACGGAACUGGGGCUGCAGCCAACCAAAUACUUCAUCCUGAAAGCGAUUCAACUUUUGGAAACUCUUUUGGUCCGUCACGGGUUGAUGACGGUGGGACUGCCGCCGUGCGGAAAGACGAGCAUCAACAACGCGCUGUCGAUCAUGCUGGAGAAGUUGCAGGACGGGGAGAACUUGAGGCCGGUGCAGAAGUACAUUCUGAACCCAAAAUCCAUCCCGAAGGACAACCUGUACGGUUCCUUUGACGAGAACACGCACGAGUGGUCUGAUGGAAUUCUCGCGAUCUCCGUCCGCCAGGCGUCCAGUGCGGACGAGGCGUUCCGGCAUUGGGUGAUUAUGGACGGCCCGAUUGACGCGAUCUGGAUCGAAGACAUGAACACGGUGCUGGACGAUAACAAGAAGCUGUGUCUCCUCUCUGGGGAAAUCGUAAAGCUUUCCCCCUCGGUGAACAUGAUGUUCGAGGUGUCCGACCUGGCCGUCGCUUCGCCCGCGACCGUCUCCCGUUGUGGUAUGGUUUUGAUGGAGCCGGAGAACGUCUCCUGGCGACCGCUCGUGCAGAGCUGGUGCCAGCGCCUGCCGGAGCAUCUGCAGCCGGUAAAAGACCAAAUCUACAACAUGUUCGACGCGCACCUAGACAUGACCAUCGACCUCGUGAAGCGCAUGCACGUAUUGUUGCCCGCGGAAACGAGCGCCAUCGGGCUGCACGGGUGGAUGGGCGUGCAGGUGUCCCGCAUGAUGGAGUCCCUCAUGCACUGCCACGCGCCACCGCCCGGGGAGACGAUUGACGGGAAGCCCACGAAGACGCUGGCCGGAAAGGAGCUCGAGGUUGGUGGAUAGCUUUCAUUUCUUCGACUUUUGUUUAUCUACUUUGUCUUUCUGCCUUUCGACACAACUUGUCUUGAAUUAAUUUACUGUGGGUCGCACCUAAUCUAUGAAUCAACACAGAAAUAUAUCGUUUUCGACCUGAAAGAAAGUGCCUGGAGGAAUCAGGGUCGAGUGAACAAGAUGACCCUCCGAAGAUAUUAAAAUGAAUUUCAUCAGACCCGCGUGGACAUUCUCUUCUACUUCGCACUUCUCUGGACGGUCGGUGGUUGCAUCGACGAGUCGAAGCGCAAGUUGUUUGACCAGUUUCUCCGAGAAAUCAUCACCGGGGGCGACGGUGGGUUCCUCACCCCGGAACAGCUCCGCGACAAGUACGACUUGCUCGAGACGAAGUGGCGACACGUGCCUUCCAAGCAAGCGCUCCCGGAUCCGGAAAAAGGCAGCAUCUACGACUUUUACAUCGACGAGCAGCAGGGCAAAUGGACGCCGUGGGUCAGUCUGAUCAAACCCCACAUGACGGCUAUCCCGGAAAGUAACACGCUAUUAUGCUUUUGAAUCAAUUUGAUGCAGCUGCCUUCGAGCGUUAUUCUUAUUCUAUCUAUCUUCUUCAUUGGGAAUGAAACGAGUAAUAGGAUUGCUGCGUGCAAAACAAUCUAAUAUCCACGACAAAAUAACCACACGACCACCACAGAUGCCCAAUUCCACAACGUGAUCGUUCCGACCGGAGACACGAUCCGCAACCAGUACCUGAUGCAGAUCUACUGCGCGAAGCAGGCCCACCAGGUGAACGUGUUGUUCUGCGGUAUCACGGGAACCGGGAAAACCGUGGCCGUGAAGAAUCAGUUGCUAACCGGGUUCGACGAGCAGGACUACACCAGCAUGUCCUUUGCCUUUUCCGCCGCCACGACGAGCAAGCAAACGCAGGACAUCAUCGACGGCAAACUCGACAAGCGCCGCCGCGGCGUGUUCGGGCCGCCGGUGGGGAAAACCAUGGUCAUUUUCGUGGACGAUUUGAACAUGCCCACCAAGGAGGAGUACGGGGCGCAGCCGCCGCUGGAGCUGCUGCGGCAGUUCUUCUGCCAGCAGGGGUGGUAUGACCGGAAGACAAACGAAUUCCGGCAGCUGGAAGACCUGCUGUUCAUCGGCGCGAUGGGCCCGCCGGGCGGGGGCAAAAACACGAUUCCGGCGCGCUACAUGUGGCACUACAACCUGAUCUACGUGACGCCGUACUCCGAGGAGGGGUUAAGCCGGAUUUUCACGUCGAUCCUGAAGUGGUUCUUUACGCCGUUUCCGUCCUCGAUUUCCCAGGCGGUGCCCAACAUCGUCAAGGGCAGCAUCGACGUCUACGAUUCGGCCGGGCUGAUCCUGCGCCCGACCCCCACGAAAUCGCACUACGCGUUCAACUUGCGUGAUUUGUCGAAGAUCUUCCAGGGCUUGACCCUCUGCACCAAACCGUCGCUGCCGGAUUUGGACACCCUGGUGCGCUGCUGGGCGCACGAGUGCAGCCGGAUUUUCGCGGAUCGGCUUAUCAACGACGAGGACAAAGCCGCGUUCGCAGAUCUCCUGAAAGAGAAGAUGGAUGAGCAUUUCAAGAAGAAGUGGACCGUGACGGUAAAGCUGGAGCCGCUGAUUUUUGUGGACUUUAUGAACAGCAAGGGGAUCUACGAGGAAGUAACCAGCCACACGGAUCUGAUCGCCAAGGUCCAGGAGUUGCUGAACGACUUCAACGCGGUGGCAAAGCACCAGAUGAACUUGGUUCUGUUCCUUAACUUUGUCAACCACGUCUCGAAAAUUGUGCGUGUACUCCGCUUACCAUUAGGCAACGCAUUGUGCGUCGGGGUCGGCGGUAGCGGACGCAAGUCGGUGUCCACGCUCGCAUCGGCCAUUUGCGAAUAUGACAUCUUCAGCAUCGAAAUCUCCAAGUCCUAUGGGCAGCAAGACUGGCACGACGACUUGAAGCGACUACUGAUGGUCGUCGGUGGGAAGCAGAAGCCAAACACCUUCCUGUUUUCCGACACCCAAGUUCAGAAGGAGAGCUUCUUGGAGGAUAUCUCCUCGGUAUUUUUAUUUUACUUAGAAAAAGCUUCUGCUGAUGAAGAUGCAUGCGAAUGCGAUAGAGAACCCGGCCUGCGUAGUUCUUCGCGGGUUCGAGAGUAUUUUGCUUUUGCUUUUUCCCUCCUCUGAUGAAGAUCGUUGUCAGGAGUAGACUGGUAGUGGCCUUCUUGGUCCUGAACCUGAAGAUGCAUGCGCAAUAUUACUUACAUCAUCAUAUGCACAUAUCAUACACCUCUUCCCACUAAACAGAUUCUGAACACGGGCGAGGUGCCAAAUCUCUACAACAUGGAGGACAAGUCGCAAAUCCUGGACAUGUGCGCUAAGGGCGCGCAGGCGGAUGGAAAGAUGGGCAACGCGGCGGUAUUUGCCUGGUACGUCGACCAGUGCAAGAAAUUCCUCCACAUCACGCUGUGUAUACAUUUUUAAUAUUUUUGGUUUUUGACUGAUUUUCUUUUCAUGAUAGAUGAUCUUCUACGUGCUACAGAUCAAGAUCUUCUAGUAGCAUCUUCACUGAUGUAAGUAAGUAAUAUCCUUGCGUAAGUAACAUUAACAAAAAUUGCCACUCGAUCUUGUUUCCACUUCACAUCGUCCUCCACCUCUCCGCAGGUCUUUCUCCCAUCGGCUCCGCCUUCCGCAUCCGACUGCGAAAUUACCCCUCGUUAGUCAAUUGCUGUACCAUCGACUGGUUUCUCUCCUGGCCGGAGGACGCACUGCAAUCCGUCGCAGAGCAAUUCCUGAAGAAGGAGUUUACGGAUGCAGAUGGCAAGCUGGAUGAGGUUACGUUCAACGGCAUCGUGAAGACCUGCGUGAAGAUGCAGGGUGGCGUUUAUUCCUUGACGGAGCGAUUCAGGAACGAGAUUAGGCGGCACUACUACGUGACUCCGACCAGUUACCUGGAGCUUGUCAACUGGUAUAAUUAUGAUAAUUUUCCUUCUUCUUUUUACCUUUUGUUGAAAAACGAAAUCGCUGGUGACGGUGUGGCGCCGGUUGAUCAAAAAUCUCCGUUGCUUUCUAGCAGAUUCUCUAUGCUUUUUCUUUCUAAAACAGCUUCAUGGCACUGCUCGGCAAGAAGAAGGGGGAGGUUUCCGCAGCAAAGUCCCGGUACGACAUUGGUUUAGACAAGAUCAUGAGCACGGAAGUGAUGGUAAACGACAUGCAGAAGGAGUUGGAGGAUCUGCAACCCGUGCUGGUAAAGAUGACAAAGGAGAACCAGGAGCAGAUGGUGGUCAUCGAGAAAUCUUCCAAGGAGGCCGCGGUUACGAAGGGUUUGAUUGAAAACGAGGAGAAGGAAGCGAACAAAAUCUCCGCGGAGGCCGAGACCAUGGCCCGGGACUGCCAGAAGGACCUGGACGAGGCGCUGCCGGCGCUGCAAGCCGCGGUGUCUGCCUUGAACUCUUUGUCCAAAGGCGAUAUCGUCGAGGUGAAAGCCAUGAAGUCGCCGCCACCGGGGGUGAUCCUCACCUCCCAGGCGCUCUGCAUCAUGUUCGGUGUGGACCCGAUCAAGGUGAAGGACCCGGCCGGAGGAAACAAAAAGGUGGACGACUUCUGGGAACCGGCAAAGAAGAAGUUGUACGGAGACACGAAUUUGCUGAAGAGGCUCAUCGAAUAUGACAAAGACAACAUCCCGGAGUCGGUCAUUGCGAAGGUGAAGCCGUUCGACUCAGAUCCGAAUUUCGACCCGGAAGCCGUGAAAAAAUCGUCCGUCGCCGCAGCGGGGAUCUGUAAGUGGGUGCGGGCCAUGAUCGUGUACGAGAGGGUGGCAAGAGAAGUCGGCCCGAAAAGAGAAGCGUUGGCCGCGUCCAACGCGAGGCUAAAGGUAAUUAAAGAAGCUUCUUUUCCACGACCUUCUUACCACUUUAUAAGCCUGGUGUAUUAAUUGUGGAAGGAAAAGAAUACAGAUUUAAUGAUGCUUUUAGAGAUGCAGGCGAAAACCAGUCUAUCUUGUUCCUCACAAAAAAAACUCCCAGGCUGCACAAGACCAGCUGGCAGUAAAAAAAGCCGAGCUGAAGGAGGUGCUGGACAAGCUGCAAGCGCUGGAGGACGGUCUGAACGCCAGCAAGAAGAAGUCCGCCGAGCUGGCGCAGCAGGUGCAGGACUGCAAGACUCGACUGGCCCGGGCGGAAAAGCUGAUCUCCGGUCUGGGUGGCGAGAAGGGCAGGUGGCAGACCUCCAGCGCCAAACUGGGGGAGGCGUUCGUAAAUCUGGCGGGGGACAUCUUGAUUUCCUCCGGAAUAAUCGCGUACUUGGGGGUGUUCACGAUGGCGUUACGACAGGAAGAGAUCCACUCCUGGAUCGCCACGCUGACGGAGCAGGGCAUCCCCUGCACGAAGGACUUCAAAUUGCCGGAGAUCAUCGGCGAGGCAAUCAAAGUGAGGCAGUGGGUCAUCGACAAACUGCCGAAUGACGCCCUGUCCAUCGAUAACGCCAUCAUGAAGGAGAACUCCGCACGUAUUACAAUGAAAAAUGCCCCCUCCCCAUAUCAAAACGGAAAUUUGUGAUGCAGAUUUGUGGCCACAAAUCAGCUUUGUGAUGCUAGAGGGCAAAAGAUGCGGACUGUAGUGCUGUCUAGCGUGGGAAAGCCUUGCAGCUCCAGGAUGACAGGAGGCAACUGGAAGUGGGGAACAGCAUUACAGAUUACCCGCAAUUUAGGCCGCAGCUUCGUCUCUUGGCCUUCUAGCAAUACAAGUCGAUUUGUGUACUCAGUCAAAUACAGCAUCACAAAUUCGCGCAUCUUCCCGUUCCGAUAUGGGGUGGGGGCUUUUUUCACUUUGAUAGCACGGUGGCCGCUGAUGAUUGAUCCGCAGUUGCAGGCCAACAAGUGGAUCCGAACCACCUUCGGGGAGGAGCUGAAGGUGCUGCGGUUAACCCGGUCGGACUACGCGAGGCACCUGGAAACGUGCAUCCAGUUCGGGAAACCAGUGCUGAUCGAAAACAUCGGGGAAACGCUGGAUCCCAUGCUGCAGCCGCUGCUCGAACGGGCGAUCUUCAAGGCCGGAAGUUUGUCCAUGAUCCGCUUGGGCGAUAACACGAUCGAAUACAACAACAAAUUCAAGCUCUUCCUGACUUCCAAACUUCUAUCAAAUGUAAAAAUGUCUGGGUCUGGAAGAUUCUGAGACUUGUCAUGCAUGUUUUGCAUGAUCCAGGACGUUUAUAGUGCACGCCCCAGCAUCACAGACUUUUAGAGGGCUUCCUGAUGCCUACUCCGCAUGACAAACGCCCUCCUCGCGUAAGUAGCACAAACUAGAUUCCUCUUGCUGGUCAUGCAAUACAGAGGUUCUUAGAGUCCGCAGUUAGCAUCACAAGUUCCAACCUUCCAGACCCAGACAUUUUCACAUUUGAUAACCGCCGAACCCGCACUACGCACCGGAGAUCUGCGUAACGGUGAUCAUUUUGAACUUCGUCACGACCGUGGAGGGGCUCACGGACGCGCUGCUGGCGAUUCUGGUACAACUUAAUAGAGUGCUUCAUUUUUGUGAUGUGCUGUUGUAUUUCUGCAUCUGCUCGAAGAAGUUCGCAGGACUGACCGAUUUUUCCAUCUUCGAGAUUGUCACAAUUUUGGAGCUUCUUGACAUGAUGAAGCGGGAUGAUAUUCAAAAAAUUUGCGUCGAUUUAUCUCCGCCCGCCCCUCCAGGUUGCGAAAGAGUCCCCGGACGUGGAGCGCAAGCGCGUGGAGCUUGUGGUGGAAUCCGCAAACUCGGCCGCGCAGCUGAAGGAGAUUGAGGACCGCAUUCUCUACCUGCUUUCCGCGUCCACGGGGAACAUUCUGGAUGACGAGGAGCUGAUCACCACCUUGGCAAAUUCCAAGGUGGCCUCCGUCCGCAUCGAGGAGCGGGUGGUGGUGCAGGAGCGAACGGCGAAGGAGAUCGCGGAGGUCCGGUUGUUUAACGAGCCGGUUGCCGCCAGGUCCGCGGCACUCUUCUUUGUGGUCUCCGAUUUAGCGAACAUCGAGUCCAACUACCAGUACUCCCUGGAGUGGUUUGUCUAUCCAAGAAAAAAACGUUGUUAGUGUAAAUUUGUGAUGCGCAGCAUGCAAAUUGAUUGAGCCUGUCAUGCUGUGCCUGCAUUGUAGGGUCCAGUCAAUGGCGUUUUCCCUUACUAUCUGCGCAUGACAGGUUUUUGCUGUCAUGCGAGAGAUAUUUGUCAUGCUAAUCCUCCAACAAAGUUACACCUACAAUGUUUUUUUCUUGGAUAUUGUCGGUAUCUUUCUGGACAGUAUCGACGCCGCGGACAAAGCGAGGGGGGCGCAGCGGCUGGACGCGCUGAACCGGUCGUUUUUGUUCAAGCUCUACGUGAACAUCUGCCGGUCGCUGUUCGAGAAGGACAAACUGCUCUUCUCCUUCCUCACGGUGGUGAAAAUGCUGGAGUUCGACAAGGAACUGAACCGACGAGAGCUGAAUCUCCUGCUGCAGGGCGGCGGUGGCGGCGGGGCGCUGCGGAAGCCGAAGCCGGAAGCGGCAACCUGGCUGACGGACGUGUCCUGGUCCAAAAUUUUGGAACUCGACAAGCUGGGCGACGACGAGGGCGGGGACGGCGGAAUCGCGCUGUUCAAGGACUGGUCAGACCGGUUCGCGAAGAACAUCGGGCAGUGGAGCGUGGUGUUUGAGUCCGAAAUCCCGCAGGAGGCCGAGUGGCCGGAGAACCUGAACGCCGACAGGUACGGCAACACGGACGACACGACUGCGCUGGAACAGGCUCUGAUCCUGCUGGCUUUUCGUCCGGACGGGCUGGUGACCAGCAUUCAGGACAUCAUCAUGGAAAAGCUGGGCAAGCACUACCUGGAGCCGCCCCCCUUCGACCUGAUGGUCAGCUACCAGGAGUCCAAACCGCACGUGCCUUUGAUUUUCGUGCUCACCGUGGGUGCGGACCCCAUGACGGCGCUGCUGAAGCUCGCCGAGGCGCUGGGCAUGCAGGACCGCAUGUUCCUGCUGUCGCUCGGCCAGGGCCAGGGCCCGAAGGCGGACGCGGCCAUCUCGGAUUCCGUCAAGAACGGAAGCUGGGUCGUGCUGCAGAACUGCCACCUGGCGGAAAGUUACAUGGGUACCCUGGAGGCAACGUGCGAAAAUUUUAACCCGACGGAAAUUCACCCGGAAUUUAGGCUGUGGUUGACAGGUAGGAAGAACUUUUUCAGCACAAGCACAAGGAAGCUUGGUUGUUUAUUUUGAUCCAAUAUGUUGUUGUCGCACCGGCAGCCCUUACCCUUAGAGAAAUUUUUUUUGAGCAACUUUUGAUCCUAAGAUUAGCAGCCUAUCUUAAUCCGCACCAACACUCUACAGGUAUGCCCGCGGUGCACUUUCCGGUGUCCAUUCUGCAAAACGGUGUGAAAAUGACAGUAGAACCGCCGAAAGGGUUAAAGCAAAACUUGACGCGAGCCUACCUGGCCUUUGAGCCCGCGUGGCUGGAGGACUGCACAAAACCACACGCAUUCAAGAAGAUGCUAUUCGGUAUAGUUCAUGUUUACGAGAUACGAAAGUUGUAGGAGCCACUCUGGAUGAUGCAAUGAAUGCCGCUGAUAGUCCGAUAAUUUGAUAAGGAGCAACUGCAACAGACUACAUCAAACAAUAAUCGUCAGAUCGCAAAAUAAACGCGAAAUAAAAGUUUACGCAACUACUCUUCAUACUUCCCCUAAAGGAAAAACGGGAAUAAAGAAAAUGCAUUCUCAAACAAACGCGACCAGGUCUUGCCUUUUUCCACUCACUGAUUUUGGAGAGGAGAAAGUUCGGUCCGCUCGGGUGGAACAUCCCGUAUGCCUUCUCCGAUCCUGAUCGUACGAUUUCGUCGAAUCAGUUGAAAAUUUUCCUCGACAGCUACGAGGAAAUUCAGUGGGACGCAUUGAACUACCUGGUCGCGGAAGCGAACUACGGCGGUCGAGUUAUCCCAGGGAAAAAUGUACCCACCCAAAGAAUACAUUGUCAAGAUGGGAGGUUUGGGAAAAACGCAUGACAAGUCAAAGUUUGAGUGUCUGCAGUUGCGUAGUCCUGGGUAACUUGCAUGCGGUAGCUUGUAUGGCCGCAUCACUAAGCCGCUUUACUUGUCUUGAUUCAAGCAUGGCAAUUUCCGAAGCACCACGACAGAAAAACAAAAGAAUGCCUCUCCUGGGAGUGUGCGGAAGAUGAACCGCAGCAUGGCCCUGGGCAUUUGCUUUUGUAAAGUCUGCGGUGUAGGGUACGUUUUUCCACGGCAUACGACUGACCGACGGACAGGACAGAAGAACUAUCAAGUGCAUCCUGUCCGACUACUAUUGUCCGGACAUUUUGCAGGAAGACUACAAGUUCUCCAUAAGUGGCGUCUACUACUCGCCGCCGAGCAACCUGAACAAGGACCAAAUCCUGGACUUCAUCGGGAAGCUGCCCCUGCAGGAAUACCCGGAAGCCUUCUGGCUGCACAACAACGCAGAUCUGACAGCGAAGAUCUCCGAAGGAAUGGCGAUCAUCAAAACAGCUGUGAAUCUCUUGCCAAGGGACACGGGCAGCAGCGGAAAGUCGUCGGAUGAGGUACAUACAACUCUUCUACUAAAUGAUGGCGUUGGUGGUGGUACUUCAAUAUGCCGGCGCGGAAAUAACACGCCGAGUUAUCUGCACUGAUGCUCGAAAAAAAGCAUACUGACAAAGCGUUCACUUUGGGACAGCAUCUACUACUUAAUCAGGACAAGCCGGAAUGCGGAUUUAGUUCUCUACUCGUGAAUGAUCUUGAUUGCGGAUGAAAUAUUGUUUUGCAAAGCACGACCCAAUCCUGAUAUCCAACAAAACAGAUCUGGAACGAAAAAUGCGACGAGAUUCUGGCGAUCCUUCCGAAGAAGCCGUACGACAUUGAGGCGGUGCAACUAAAAUACCCCGUAGAUUACAACGAGUCCCUGAAUACGGUGCUGCCGCAGGAGUGCGCGCGCUUCAACAAAUUGCUCGGGAAGGUGAAGGACACCCUCGUAAACCUGAAACGCGCAGUCAAGGGCGAGGUCGUGAUGACCCCGGAGCUGGAUUUGGUCGGAGAGGCCUUAUUCACUGCAAAAAUGUCUGGGUCUGCAAGAGUGGAACUUGUAAUGUUGUCUGCGGUUUCUAAAAAUAUCUGUGUUGCAUGAACAGCAAGAAGAGUCCAGUUCUUGGCACGCGGAGAGGGCAUUUCUCAUGCGUGAUAAGCAUCAAGAAGCUCUCAAAAAACGUGUCAUGCUAGGACCUGCCUCAGUGCCCCUUUUUGGUGUUGACGACAUGUCUGGAUGCUGGAUGCCCUAUGUUUACCCCUAUCGUGGCCGUUCUGGUGCGCCUUCUCAUGUGAGGUCGUUGACAUGGCUUGGUGGGAAAUUCCCGUUGCGCGAGGCUCUUGCCUUGCCCUCUGUCUUCGCCCCCAGCGGUGUUGAGAUAGUAGAAGCGUCUGUUGUGGCCGUCGGAGCUUGCUCCGGGUCUUGUGGCUCCUCUCGUCCUCGGUGGAGUACCUGAGUGGCUUUUGCUGCUGCCUCCGUUGACUUUUGGCUGCUGCUUGACUGGCGGUUGGGAACACAUCAGGCGUCUUUGUGCUGUUGCUUCUGCCGCGUGGUCCCCAGUGUUCCCCGGGUCCGGAACUCUGGGUUACCUUGGUCGAGUUGGUGUCACUGUCGGUUCACCUAUGUCCCUGCCUUUCCGUUCUUGCCACUGGGAACAGUCUGUGCGUUUCUUUCGUCAGCGGCUUCUAGGCGCUGAAGCUCGUUGACGAUUGUUUCGGGAGGUUCCUAACGGCCCCUGAGGACAUUGCCUCGUUGCCGACCAGGCCGAACUUAGAGGUCGGCUUCGGGAAGGCUUCCCGGAGUUGAGUCUGCUUCGGCAGGUCUCUUGUGGAUGCGAGGGCAGUGGUUGGCUGAGGUUGUUGGAGUGUUCCAUAGUGUCACUCCUGAUCAUUUCUGAUCCUUAUCCAACUUCCUCAUUUCCUGUGUGGUCUAAUGCAGAUUGCAGAUCACAACACAGGGCCACCCUCGUAUCUCACCUCCAGGGGGGGCGCGCGGACCUCGCUUGCCAUCUUGUUUAGUCUCGCGAAAGUUCCAGCCUCCCCGAGUGGGAGUGGGGGAUAGUAAAGUGCAAAAUGUGCAUCACAAACCUCGACGCUUCCAGACCGAGACAUAUUUGCAUUUGAUAGGCCUUCCUAGCAAACAAGGUCCCGGAGCCCUGGCUAAAGGUGAGCUUUCCGUCGUUGAAGCCACUGGGGUCCUACGUGCCGGACUUCAUGAAGAGGCUGGCGCAGUUUGACGACUGGAUCGCCAACGGACCGCCAAAACUGUUCUGGCUCACCGGCUUCUUCUUCGUGCAGGCGAUGUUCACAGGUACUAAGCGCAUGGUUUUAAUCUAAUAACUAUAAGGGCAAGAUAUGUCUUUGUUCCUCCCAAAGCUUCUGAAGCUUUGACCUUCUGAAGAGCUUCUGAAGAUAAAAAUUUGUUUUUCAACCUUCAGAAGGUCAAAAAAACUGGCCGGCUAUUUUUCAUUGUAGAAAACGCAGAAUUGGCUCGCGCAAACGAAAUUGUGGCCCAUUUUUUGCAACCUUCAGAAGGUUCAGUCUUCUGAAGGUUUUUUUUGACCUUCUGAAGAAUUUUUUCGAUUUUUUGACGAAAAAACCUUCAGAAGACGAAAAAGUGACCUGUUUGGAACCUUCAGAAGGUAGGCACUCUUCUGAAGGUCGGCCAUUUUUGAUGACGUCGCAAACCUUCAGAAGACUGCCAAGUUUUACAUUCAAAAAAUGGACAAAAAUCGAGACACUCACAGAAAACCUUCAGAAGACUGAAAUAUCUUCUGAAGGUUUUUCGAAAAUUGUCUCGCUUGUCAAAAAAUGUAAAAAUUGAAAGUGGCACACCUUCAGAAGAUUGGCUGUUUGUCAACCUUCUGAAGGUGAACCUUCUGGAGACUCUCCAGAAGGUGCGCGAAAACUUCAGAAGAAUCCCCAAAGACUUCAGAAGACUCUUCAGAUAACUCUUCAGAAGACUCUUCAGAAGACCUUCAGAAGACUCUUCAGAAGACUCUUCAGAAGCUUUAUCUAAUUUAUUUCUUGCUUUUCGUUGCGCCGACGCCUAUUUCUUCGAACGCAAACGCCAACAAACGGCAUUGCUAUUGCUCGAUCAAACGAGUCCGCUGCUCCUUUUGCGUUCAUAUCGUGCCGACUCGUUCUUUUUGUUUUUUUUGUUUAUCGCUCUAUCAAAAAGAGCAUCGCUGCGCCUGACAAGUGUCAAGAAUUUGCAUGAUUUUGUUGUUACGGAUUUGUGUCAGGCGGUGGACGGCGGAACGAAACGAAGGCGGUGCUCUUUUUUGCUUUGAAAUUAUGACAAAUGCAAAACUAUUCUCUCGCAGCUUCGAGUAUAAUAUACUCGAAGCUGCCAGAGAAGGCGAGCAAGCGCGAACUGGGGAAGCGGAACAUACGGAACAUGCCGGCGCCUUCACCUUAUCCAGUCCUCAACAACAAAUACAAAAAUACUUGACGCGCAAGCUUUCUUUUCUUUCAUAACCCACGGGAAGAACAAAUACAAUGCUUGCCCCGCGACGCAGUCGCGGGGAGUGGUUCUUCUUCUUCUUCGUGCAGGCGAUGUUCACAGGUACUAAGCGCAUGGUUUUAAUCUAAUAACUAUAAGGAGAAGGCUUGUCCAAAUUGCUGCUGAACCUUCAGAAGCUUUUUCUUCUGAAGGUCUUCUGAAGGUCCAAAAUCAUCACUGGAACCUUCAGAAGAAAUGGAAAAAAGCCUCUUUUUUUUGAGCGAGCAUGCCAUCGGUUUAACCAUGAGCAUUUUUUUCUUCUGAAGGUCACGCCUUCAGAAGGUUUUUUUUGACCUUCAGAAGAAAAAAAAGGAAAAUGAGCAAAAAAACCUUCAGAAGGUGAAAAGUGGCCGUUUUGAAAUCUUCUGAAGGUUGAAAGCCUUCAGAAGGUGACACUUUUUUGACCUUCAGAAGACUUUCCGACUUUUUAGACAAAAAAAGGCCGUGAAGUGUCGCAAUUUUGGCCGACCUUCUGAAGGUUGAAAACCUUCAGAAGGUUUUUCAAUUGUGUCUCCAAAGCGACAACUUUUUGCGUCCUUUUUUCCGCAUUCUUCAGAAGCUUUGACCUUCUGAAGACCAUCUUCUGUAGAAUCUUCUGAAGACCGAAAAGCUUCUGAAGGCUUUGCAGAAAAUACGCAAGACGCACGAAAAUGCUCAAAAGCUUUUCUGAUGCGCGUUGCUUUGUUGGGCGUUUUAAAAGCAUUGCUCGCGCCGCUUAUUUCGAAAGUGCCACCGGCGCGCGCACGCAUUUCGAAAGUGCCCACAGGCACGACUGAGUACGCGCCUUACUUUCUUGUGCGAUGAAAGAGCGCUGCUUGUGCUAGAGGAUAUUUUCACAGGCCGCGCUUUGGAGUUAUUUUUCAGCUGCUCGCUCUGCUAUUGUGCUUUUUCUCAGACUCCCCUUUGGGAUUUUACUUAUGCAUCAAAAAAAAGCCGACGGCGCCUGCGGUUCCAUUCUGUGUCGAGGCCGGUGCUGCUUUUUGCCUCUGAAAAGCAGUGUCUUCGGCCGCGGUGAAUGCCCUGCCCUGGAGCCGUCGGCUUUUUUUAUCUUUCUUGCUUCUUCUUCGUGCAGGCGAUGUUCACAGGUAAGCGCAUGGUUUUGAUUGAAGGACUAUAAGGGAAAAAAUCACCACAACCUUCAGAAGAAAAUUCUUCAGAAGAACCUGCAGAAGAUUCAAAAAACCUUCAGAAGGUUCAAAAAGGGGCACUUUCGAAAAAAGAGAAAAUUGAAACGGGAACAGGUCCUGUUUGAGAAAAAAUACUUUUUUUUUCAGACCUUCAGAAGGUUUUGUUGAGUUUUGACCUUCCUGAAGGUUUUUGUAACCUUCAGAAGAUUUUUGAUGAACAAAAUCUUCUGAAGGUUUUGGUCCAACUCAUUUGUGACCUUCAAGAAGGUUUUGAGCUUCUGAAGGUAAAACUUUCAAAACCUUCUGAAGGCUGAACGAAAAAAAUGACACUUUUUGACAAAAAAUAUGCAAAAAGUGGCGCAUUAUUUUUGGACCUUCAGCAGGUCAAAACACCUUCCUGAAGGUCUUCUGAAGGUUGAGACUCUUCUGAAGGUCCGAAAACCUUCUGAAGGUUUUCUGCAGCUUUUUUCUGAAGCUUGCAAACUCAAAAAGUGGUUUCUUCGACUAAAGCGCCCUGCUUUUUCGAUAAAGCGAUUGAGUUGACAAUUGCCAACGGCCACUACACCUACAAAAAAUUUCAAAAGCCAAGGGAAAGCCGGCCGCUGGCUUUCCUUUUCCGGGUCUGGCCCUUUGUUCGAAAAGAAGCUGAAGGCGGGGACUUUUGUAAGCAGCGAGCGAGGACCUGCUUGUCUUAUUGCAGAUCCGAAAACUUCUUGGCGGGCCCGCUUUCUGCCAGUUUUCUCUUGUUCUCAGAACACAAGAAAGCGGGGCACUUUUGCAAGCAACAAGAAAGGGGGCGCAUUGGCUUUUUCUGGAUCUGGCGCUCGCGGAAGAGCCCGAAGCUCGCCCCUCGUUGCUGUUUCCGCCCCGGGAAGAAGCCAAAGCUGCCCGAUUUAGUAAGCAAAAAGCGAGGCGGCUUUGGCUUUUCGCUUCUUGCGGAUCUGGUCCGUCCUCCGAGAAGAGGCCGGCGCCGGCCGCUUAUGUAAGCAAAAAGGAAGAGGAGCGAGCGCCCUCGCUUGGCUUCUUCCGGACCUGGCCCCCCGAAAAGUUGCCAAGGCUUUGUGGUUUUGUACAGCAGGAGGCGUCUCGGCCUUUUUCCUUAGCUUUUUUCUUCUUCGUGCAGGCGAUGUUCACAGGUAUUUAAAAGCGUGUGUGGUUACUUACAACGCAAGUACUUUAUUGUUUGUGCAGUUUACUAAAUACUAUGUGAGAGGCUUUGGCACAUUGACAUUGGAUCUGGAUGUAAAUGCAGUACUAGAAGAUGACAGUUCCAGGACAGGUACAUUUUGUUUUACUCGUAAGGAACGGAUGGUGAGGGAGAAUCAGAAUGAGUUCCGUAAUGCAUGAAUCAUGCUGAAAAAAAUUAUACACAAUGACCAGGUCUACUCCAAAACUUCGCGAGGAAAACGAAAUACCCCAUCGAUAAAUGCAUGUGGAACUUCUACGUGCAAAAACGAGCUUUUGAGGUUACCGCGAGGCCGAGCCAAGGAUGCUACGGCAACGGGUUGAUUAUGGAGGGCGCGAGGUGGGACGAUGACCUAAUGGCGAUCAACGAAAGUUUGCCCAAGGUUCUGUAUGACGAUUUGCCAACAGUGUUGCUCGACCCGGUGCUCUCCGCCGAAUCCAAAACGCCGAAACUCGUUUACCCGUGCCCGGCGUAUAAGACGAGCGCAAGGCGCGGUGUGCUUUCGACAACCGGUCACUCGACGAACUUUAUCAUGACGCUCAUGCUGCCGAUUCAGGAGCAGCACACGGAGAAAUUCUGGGUCAGAAGAGGAGUCGCGCUGCUUUCGCAGAUGGACGACUAAGUGCAGCGGGCGAGAUGACGUUUAGAAGCCUCAGGGUAAUAAAGAAGGUCUGUCGCUGCAGGGGCACAGAUUAGUUAAAGCGGUGCUUGAUUUAGAGGAAACAUCACAGAGGUUACUUUUAUGAAUUCGAGACAACAUUACUAGCUUGACCUUAAAGAUCGUCCUGUAUUGCCUUUUCUUCGCUUCUACUCCACUAGGAUCCAUUUUCGGACCUGUGCGUGAAAUGGUUUAGCUUGAAAAUAAGUCAAACUAAAAUUCUAAUUAUCACAGUAAUACAAUAUAAACGACGCGCGGUCGAAAAUCCGCAACGUCAAAAUCAAAUAAGUCUAAGUUUUCUAUGAUUUUCAAGCACCGAAUGGGCCUUCUGGUCUCACUCGCAAUUUUAAACGAGCCAUGACCGAUUCGGGCCGCGAAGGCAGAACUUUAAAUGUCUUGCAAAUUAUACCGUGACGUCUUCUCUUCUUUACGCAAUGAACAUCAAAUCAUCCUUCUUUAGUCUUAAAAUUUCCUUAUUCUUUCUUUACCCUUAUCCGACAGCUUUACGCAAAACAUGAUGUUGUUUUAUCAGAAUGCAACGGAAAGAAAUAAUCUUUCUCUUUGAGAAUACAGCCGAGAGCAGUUUACCUUCAGACAAAAGUAUAGGAUUCAAGUGUCAACCGUUUGAAAUUUUAUCCCGAUUUACAGUUCAUUUUUCCAAAUUUGGGCUAGAGUUGUUUUAGUAUCCGUUUUAGCAGCGAGUCGUGAAGUGUCAGGAUCGUAGCCGAAUAGCGAAAAGCUAUAGCAAAAGACGCAAGGUGCAGUCAUUCGUGUUAAGCGCCGUCCGCAAAGAGAACUAUAUCGCUUAACCUGAAGCCGAACUACAGCGCAUGUACACGAAGCGAAAAGAAAUGGCAUCAUGCGACGCCGCGGUCAU